CGCGGUGCAGGGAACCUUCGACUUCAACCCGUUCACCACACACCCCCUCUCCCCGGGACGUAGCUUUUAGCCAUCGACUAGUCUAGUUUUGGUCGUCUUUGGGACGAAAGUGCUUUCAUCGGCGCUAAAGGGAGUUUAGCUUUGUUGUCUGAAUCUUACCAAUUGCCAAACGGAUUCGACAGCCAAACUUCGUGCCGCGGCAUCAAAUCACUUUUGCACCAUCCUGGGGGACCAAUGAUGACCAGGUAGAUAGCAAACAGACCCUUGCCCCCCUUCAUCGAAAAGAAAAGAAGAGACAGAGAGAGAGAAAGAACAAAAGAAGAACAAUGUCUGUAUCGGUCAAGGGAGCAGGCCGGGUUUGCGCCCGCAUCCCAAGAUGUUGCUACUCGGCGCCGAGGUUACGGACAGCCGCCCUCUCCUCAACCUCCACAGCACACUAUUAUACGGCGUCUCGGUCACAGAGGAGGUUACCAAGGACGAACGCAGCCUCCUGGACGCAGACACGUCUCUUCUCCGUCAGCAGGCCACGGCGGUACGCUACCGAGGAGGAAUCCUUCGAUCCCCGGACAGUCGAGAGGGAGAGCGAUGAGGUGGAUGUUUGCAUUGUGGGUGGAGGCCCCGCCGGUCUCAGCGCCGCCAUCCGCUUGAAGCAGCUCGCAAACGAAGCCGGCAAUGAAGACUUUCGCGUCCUGCUCCUCGAAAAGGCCGGCGAGCUCGGCGCGCACAUCGUGUCGGGUGCCGUGAUACAGCCCACCGCCAUCGACGAGCUGAUCCCCGACUGGCUGUCCGAGGAUAACCCCGACCGAUUCGAGCACGCGACGCCCGCCGGCACCGACCGCAUGCGCUUCCUGACCAAGACGAAAGCCAUCCCGCUGCCCGCCCCGCCGCAGAUGAGCAACCACGGCAACUACAUUGUCAGCUUGGGCCAGUUUACCGCCUGGCUGGGCGCACGGGCCGAGGAGCUGGGCGUCGAGGUGUAUCCAGGCUUCGCCGCCUCCGAGGUCAUUUACAAGUCGGACGGCUCGGUCCUCGGAGUCGCCACCAACGACUUGGGCAUCGGGCGUGACGGCAAGCCCAAGGACUCGUUUGAGCGCGGCAUGGAGUUCCACGCCCGCUGCACGCUCUUCGCCGAGGGUUGCCACGGUAGCUUGACCAAGCAGGUCACCAAAAAGUUUGACUUGCGCCGCGACAGCCAGCCGCAGACUUAUGGGCUCGGGCUUAAAGAGGUUUGGGAGGUCGACCCUGCCAAGUUCCGCAGGGGCGAGAUCACGCACUCGCUCGGCUACCCGCUGCCGAAGGACGUGUAUGGCGGCGCGUGGAUGUACCACUUUGGCGACAACCUCGUCUCUCUCGGUCUCGUCGUCGCCCUCGACUACCCCAACCCCUGGAUGUCGCCGUACCAGGAGUUCCAAAAGAUGAAAAAGCACCCGCUGUACAGGGAGGUCCUCGAGGGCGGCAAGUGCAUCUCGUACGGCGCCCGCGCCCUGAUCGAGGGUGGGUUUCAGUCCAUCCCCAAGGUCGCCUUCCCCGGCGGUGCCCUGAUCGGCGACUCAGCCGGUUUCGUCAACGUGCCCAAGGUCAAGGGCACCCACAACGCCAUGAAGUCGGGCAUGUUGGCUGCCGAGGCGGCAUGGAAGGCUCUGAGCACGAGUGAGAACGAGGGUUCCGUCUUCCUAUACGACUACGAGAGCUCGCUGCGCCAGUCCAGCAUAUGGAAGGAGCUCAAGGAGGUGCGCAACAUGCGCCCAUCCUUCCACAACCCGCUCGGCCUGUACGGUGGCAUCAUGUACUCGGGGCUGGAGGCCUACGUCCUCAAGGGCCGCGUGCCCUGGACGCUCAAGCACAAGACGACGGACCACGGCGCCACCAAGCCCGCGGACCAGUGCGAAAAGAUCGAGUACGAGAAACCCGACGGCGAGAUCACCUUUGACAUACUCACUAGCGUUUCCCGCACCGGCACCAACCACGAGGAGGACCAGCCGGUUCACUUGCAGGUCAAGGACUGGGAUCGCCACGCGCUCGAGACUUGGCCCAAGUUCAAGGGCCUGGAAAACAGAUUCUGCCCGGCCGGUGUGUACGAAUACGUCGAGGAUCAAUCCAAGGAGCUUGGCGUCAGGUUCCAAAUCAACGCUCAAAACUGUAUUCAUUGUAAGACGUGUGAUAUCAAAGCACCUCAUCAAGAUAUAAAUUGGCAAGUGCCGCAGGGAGGCGAAGGACCAAAGUACUACAUGACAUAAAGUAGACGAGUCAACUUUUCUCGUAGCGCUCAAUGAAUAAAAAUUUGGCGAACUUUUUUUUUUUUUUUUUUUAUGACGCAAUGGACAUCUUGGCAAUUUCAG